AUGUCGAAGAUCAGUAUUCCAAAGGGCUGUAUCAAGCUCGCCGGACUGCUCUUCAAGCCAGUCUCUAUCUCGGGAAAAGCUCCGGGAGUUGUCGUCAUCCACCCAGGCGGAGGUGUUAAAGAGCAAAGCGCCAGCAUCUACGCCAAAAAGCUAUCCGAACAGGGUUACAUCGCAAUUGCGUACGAUGCAGCCCAUCAGGGUGAUUCGGAAGGUCUUCCCCGCCACCUUGAAGACCCUGCAGUGAGAACAUCAGACGUGUCUGCUGUGGCGGACUAUCUUGAACGACUGGAUGACGUGGAUGCUAGUCGCCUCUUUGUAGUUGGCGUCUGCGCAGGUGGGGGAUACGCUGUAGCUGCAGCGAAGGGUGACCACCGUUUCAAGGCUGUUGCCAUCGUCAGUCCUGUUAACGGAGGCGAUGGCGCCCGUCUUGGCAUUGAUGGAAAAGGAGACCCUGCACAUGCAGCUGCGGCCCUUGAUCAGAUCGCGCUCGGGAUCCAGUCCGAGGCUCAAACCAAUGAAGCGAUCACUAUUCCUAUCAUCCCGCCCAAGGGCGACAACCCAGGUCGCGAUACGCUGGAUACACACGAGUACUAUUUCACAUCACGAGGACAACAUCCCAACUCUCAGAACAAAAUGGCUCUUCGUUCUGUCCCCUUCGUUAUGGGCUGGGAUGCAUGGGGAUUUGCAGAUGUUCUCCUUACGCAACCUUUGUUGAUUGUUGUUGGUGAGGAGUCAGCGAAUAAGUGGCAUGCUGACAGGCUCUUUAAACUUCUCAGCGGCAAGAACAAGGGUCUCAAGCGGGUCAUUUGGCCCAAUGCCUACCAUAUCGACUUUUAUGACAAGGAGGAGUAUGUCAACGCCACUAUUGAAGAGAUUAACACUCUGUUUAAGAGUGUGUAG